UCUUCGGCGCCGAUCGAGAAACGACGGCUUGAAUGUCGCGGGUGACCUGCGCGUCGCUAAAAUCAAUGAGUGCGGCCGGCGCGGUCAACGGCGCCGCACCGCCACCGUCGGCCCGCCGCGUCGUCGUCGUCGGUGCCGCUCGCGCCGCCGCGUCCGGCCUGUUUCGCCGCAGUCUCUCCGGCGUUUUUCGCAGCGGGUCUCGGUAUUGGCGCUACCUCGGCGACGAUCAUGUGAGUGCGCGCGACGAGAUGCCGGGCCGCGAGGACAUGGAUCUCUGCACCGACAAGGUCCUCUCCAAGACCAGGAUCCUGCAGGAACUCACGAAAGCGGUGAAACUGGUCUACGCUCAAAGUCUAUAUGGCACCGUAGUCCUGGAUGGUGACUCCUGGUUGGUAUACUGGCUGGACCGGGCGCUGCGUCACGGAUUGCGUGUAGAGAGACAUGGGUACUGGGGCACUGCUAGAGAACUUAGCCACCAAGAUACUGUCGUGGUCAUUCAUGCAUUGCAGAGUGUACUGACGUCUAUUGGAAAAGGUCGAGCAUGGCUCUAUCACACUCUGAGCGAGGGCAGCUUUGAGAGCUAUCUGGCCUGUUUACUGCGAGACACCAAGACAUUAAAAAAGCAGUACUUUCCACAUGCGCUUGUAAGAGAUGCUGAUAAGACCAAUCAACUGGUCAAUCUUCUCGCCGGUCUGGAAAACGUGUCCUUCACAUUGCAAUUGGAUGUGACGUAUUUGGACAUCUGCAAUUACAUGCCACAGAGGCCUAUGAGCGUAAACCCGUCGGGAACAGUCUUAUCGUUGCAUCUAAGGUCUUCUAGUGUUUCAUCGAGCCUAGCUUCUCCGGGGGACAGCGGCGUUGCGUUCGACAGCGAUAUGGACCUCGCGAAUGAGACCGACGGUAGCAGUUACAAAGAGGAGGAUUUCUCGAUGGACGACAUACCCAAGUACCGAAACAAUAGGUACAAGACGAUUAUCAACAACUGCAUGGAAGACAAUAAGAAUUUCGGAUCCAGCGACUCCAGCGAGGAUGGCAAGACACCGACUCAGUCGCCGGCGAUCACGAAAUUUCAGACCGUCAUGAUGACGAAGAACGACAUAGUCAACCAGAACGUAACGCGUAAGCUCGACGAUAACGAAACAAAUUGCUCCAGUUUGGAGACUAUCAAAGGCUACGACUUCUACAGCAAAAGUCUCGACGAGACCAAGCUGGAUAAAAUGGGCAAAAUCGAUAAUGGCACGAAGGAUCUUAAUAAGAGAAGCACUUAUUACAGCGACAGCGCUUACAGCUUUAAAAAAAAUAUAGAUCCUCGCAAUUCCUAUCUAAUCAAUAACGAUACGAAUUUGUUGGAACUGAGUAUGACUAUCUCCGAUUGUGAUAACAUGGACACUCCGUACGGCAUUUUGAACACUAUUAACAUGACCGACGCCAGCAUUCUGUCUUCCUCCAGCUCGGAAGCCAUAGUGCAACGUAGGCAGCGUAAGAAGAAGCGCGGUGAAAGUAAGAAGCGGGUCAGCUUCCACGAGGACAUACUGAAAACGAUGAAGCUGGAGGACGACGAGAGCUACGCCGAUUUCUCCAUGAGUUUCUUGUCCCCGAAUUCCGUUCUGAAGAGGGACGCUCAGAAAGGCAGGUACAGUUGGUGCGCGCACGGUGACUCGCCCUACACUCAGAAGAACGCGAAUGCGGGAAGGAACGCACAUUCGGACUGUUAUUCCUUCUCGUCGUCGUCCAGCACGUUCGACAGCGACACCGACAAGCAAACGCCGUCGAAGUUCUGCAUCGAGGUGCCGUGCCAACGCAAUUGCAGGUGCAACUGUGGCUUAUCGCUGUCGGAGCGCGGGGCGCCAGAGGGUCAGGAGGAUCCAGGCAAGAGCCUGAGGCCCAAGAUGGAGAUAGAGCUGGAGGAGAACGAGGCCCAGGAAGCCUACAUCGUCGAGAAGGCGUGCGGUAAUAUCGUUGAGGAUCCACCGAGCAAGGUGGAGAUGCCGCAAACUGCAAACCCGAAGAAGUACGCCAACUCUAACAGCGACUGGUCGGACGUGGAUAGCGUGGCAACGUCCGACCUGGAGGAGCGCAAGAACAGCCGGCAUCUGGCUUCGCCGCUGAAGAAACGCAACAUGACGGCGAUAUUGUCGGGUGAGAAUAGCAGCAAACUCCUGGCGCCGCCUCUGCGUCAGGCGCCGUCGAAGACGUCGCUGCUAAGCAGAUUCCUGAAGUCGAUCACGGAGAGGAAGUUCGAGAUCAAGAAGAAUAAGAAGCCGCCGAAGGCGAACACUCUGUACAUCAAGGGGGUCAAGACCAGCUACGAUUCCUUCAAGGAUUUCAACGACAAUCUCGACAAGGAGAUCCAGGAGAACGUGGCAGCCGAGAAGCAGGAGUUCAGCGGCGAGAAAAUCAGCCUAAAGUUGCGCGAACUUUUCAAGAGACACAUUUACCGUGAUAAAACGGAAGAGUUGUACAAGGUGUACAAAGUUAGGAGCUCUUACAUGACAAACGGCGAGAGCAAACCGAUGAUCGCGCUGUUGACGGAUAAGACGUUGUACUUGACCGGCUCCAAGAUCGAUCAUUCUUAUAGCAACCAGUUCGUUAUUCCUUACAACGAAUUGGAUGUCAUAAUGGUCGGACCGAAUGCACAAAAUAUUUUAAUAUCCAACGCCGACUGCGAAAUGCAGUAUCUCUUCUCUACCGGCAGCUCGCAAACUACCUCAGAAUUAAUUGGUCACUUGGAAAUGGCAAUGAGACGAUCGCCGUCGAAACCGAGGCUUCCCGCUGUCAAAGAACUGAAUUACGAGGAUAUGCACAUUCUGAAGAAUUCGAUUCUCUCUGACACAGCAGUGUAUCCGGACGAGAAAAUCGAACACUACAGCCUUAUUUACAUGGAAGACGAGCACAUGUCUCCGCCUAGCACGCCGUGCGGGCCAACGAAAGAGGGCGACCUGAUGUUCCGGCCGCACACUUAUCAGCAUUUACAUCCGAACGCGCCCACAAAUCCCUGGGAGGCCGGCUACUUCGUUCUGAAGGGCGGCGUGGUUUACAUGUUCACAGAUUCGAAUCAGCGGCUUCCUAAACGCGCCAUACCCUUGAAAGGUGGCUUGUGUCAGGGCUGUAGAAGAAUCCCCAACUCUCAUCGGCCGCACACCUUCGAGAUACUGCUGAAACCCAACAAGUCGUACCAGUUUGCUGCUCCGGACGAAUACGUAGCUUCCGAGUGGCUGCAAAGCUUCGUUCAAAGCGCGUCGGGUCUCUUCGACAGCUCGGAAAAGCGAGAACCGUUGCCUUGCAGCCUCAUCACGACCACGGGACACUUGGUGGCGAUGAAGGAGGUCCAUCCCGGCACACAAAGGGGUCAAACUCUCUCAUGCGCCUCUAUCAAGGAUUUAACGGCGUUCCGAGUGCCGUUAGUGCAGCAGUCAUGGUGCAUAUUGGAAUUCGCGUGUCGAGAGGUGCACGAGAAUAGCGGUGAUUGGGUCAUAUAUUUUACGGAUUAUACGGAGCUCUGUGCUUUCAGAGAGAUUCUGGAGACAUUGUGGGCGGAUGUAAACUUGGGCGAGUUUCCUAUGACGACGCUUCCACCAGAGGACAAGCUGCAACGACGUUGCUCGGACGCCAGCAGAGAGCUGGAGCACGCCUGGCGGUACUUGUUGCCACCGGCUUUAGAGUAAAAAGGAAAAAGAUGUACCAGUAGACAAUAUAUAACAGCGUUAUCUAAGAAAUUAUUUUAUCAUAUUGCCAUGAAAUGGCGACAAACGCGAGUAUUCAGGUAAUUGUGCCCGGAAAAUCGGUACACCGAUGUGUCGCGUGUCAAAGUUAUAUACCGCUUACGCAACGUACUCCAGAUUCCGUUUGCCUCCGUUUCGAAUUAGGUGCCAUAUAUCUGUCACUUGGAACUAGAAACAGUCGGUGUUACCUUGUGGCUUAUAGGUAGGAACAAACAGAUAUAUCUUUAUUCAGACAUACGGCACCUGAGUUAUGGCAUAAUAGAGUAAUUUCUUUUCUUUUUUUUUUUUUCUAAUUUCAAGGUACAAAUAUAUGCGCAGCAUUCUCGCUACAUUGCGAUGUUGAGAGAUCGAUCAUUAGAGAUCUUGCAUAAGAUACAAGUUACCGUAAAAAUCGUAUAGGUGACUAUUUGAGGAAGGAUCACACAAAAUGAUGCAACAUCUUUCCUGUAGCAUAAGCCACCAUAAUAAGCUAUUAAUUUAUAAUAACGCAAGGAAAUGUGUAAUAUAACGGAUAAUUGUGAGACAACAUUGUAUUGAUUACUAUAUAUAAAUGUCUAUAUACUCACAUAUACUGAGGAAACGAACCAGUAUGCAUUUGAAUACGCACUAUUGAUAUUAAAAAGUAGUUAUUUAUCGUCGAAGAUGAUACCAUAUAAGAUUCAGAGACACUUAUAGAAUAGCUUCGACACGAGGAAUAGUAGCUUCGUGAAAAUCGCUUGUGAAAUUAUAUGAUUUAAUACAUUCCCAACCGAUAAUUAUAAUUCAAUCGACUUUAUUUUCAGAGAGUAAUUUUCUACGCAUAAUCUUGAUGUAUCAUCUCAAGAUUAUAAAAUUUUAACUCCAUACGGAUCGAUUUUUUUUUUUUAGUGUACAGGUAUGAAUGCGAAGUAUAAGGUAUAUAGUUGUAUUAUACGUGUUAUAUAAAGUAAUUUUGUUUAAUUUGUGUAAUUUUAUAUUAAAGCUCAUGCAGCUUGAACCGAUGUUUGGUUGUAUCGCGCGUUGUACUAAAAUCAUUUGAUAUUUAACGCUUAAUGCGAAAUGAAGCAGCGAAUUUUAUUUGCAGGGGGCACAUUAAAAUGAUCAUAAUGAUUUGUGCUUGGAAGCGGAACUUGAAAAUUAAUUUUGAAUUCUAGAUACGCAGCCUGUCGUAUGGUAAUGAGAUUACAAUAUCAAGAAAAUUUAUACAUGGAAAUGCAUUUUAUUUGCGGCAUGACAUUAACAUGUGAAGAGUUAUCUUUCCUUAAGUUAUAAAUCUUUUUCGUUACCAAAGCUACAUGAACAGAUGCAUUCCAUAUAUACUUGUGAAUAAAUAUUUAACUUAUGCAUUAUUUCAUGUAGCUGUAAGUGAUUGUGAUAUGCUGUUAAGUAAUAAAUGUCACUUGUUAUUAAGUUCAUGAGAUUUCUACAUGAAAUUUAUGUAAAUUAAAGGAGCGAAUAUUGCGCGCGUGCGCGCGGGAAUACAAAAUUGGUUUUAUAUGUUCGUUCUUACUGUGUGAAAAGUACACGGGGUUAAAUUUUCUACAGGUGAAAAUAUAUGUUCUAAAUGUUA